AUAUUCAUAGUUCCGAGCCACACCCGUGUUCCAGGUUGGCCUUUUUACCUAGGCCAAAUUCUUUUGAGAUUAAGAUCUGUAGUAGUAGGCAGAACAUUUAUUUCAGCAUAGAGCGGGUUGCUUGUUCUUUGGUCGAACACUGACUUUUGUACACGACCAUCCAAGGACAGGCACAGCUCAAGACAGGCUGGAUUUUAAAGCUUCCAUCGAGUUUGUUUCUCAGGACCCCUGACUGCCAGGCACUAAGCCCAGAGGAAGCAGAUAUAAAGACCUAAAGUAGCCCUUCCAGUCUAAAGAUGGAAAACAGUACCACCACCAUUUCUCGGGAGGAGCUUGAAGAGCUACAAGAAGCGUUUAAUAAAAUAGAUAUUGACAACAGUGGAUAUGUCAGUGACUAUGAACUUCAGGACCUAUUUAAGGAGGCAAGCCUUCCCCUUCCUGGGUACAAGGUGCGAGAGAUUGUGGAGAAAAUUUUAGUAGUCGCUGACAACAACAAAGAUGGUAAAAUCAGUUUUGAGGAGUUCGUGUCGCUGAUGCAAGAGUUAAAAAGCAAAGAUAUCAGCAAAACGUUCCGAAAAAUAAUUAACAAAAGGGAAGGGAUCACUGCCAUCGGGGGGACGUCAUCCAUCUCCAGCGAGGGCACCCAGCAUUCUUACUCAGAGGAAGAAAAAGUGGCUUUUGUUAACUGGAUAAACAAAGCUCUGGAGAAUGACGCAGACUGUAGCCACCUUCUACCCAUGAACCCCAACGAUGGCAGCCUUUUCAAGUCGCUUGCAGAUGGCAUCCUUCUUUGCAAAAUGAUCAACUUAUCUGAACCAGAUACAAUUGACGAAAGAGCCAUCAAUAAGAAGAAGCUCACUCCAUUCACGGUGUCGGAAAAUCUGAACCUAGCCCUGAACUCUGCCUCAGCCAUCGGUUGCACUGUAGUCAACAUUGGUGCUCAGGAUCUCAAGGAAGGAAAGCCUCAUUUGGUUUUGGGGCUUCUCUGGCAGAUCAUCAAAGUUGGCCUUUUUGCUGAUAUCGAGAUUUCCAGGAAUGAAGCCUUAAUUGCAUUGCUAAAAGAUGGCGAGGAGCUGGAGGAGCUGAUGAAACUUUCUCCUGAAGAGCUGCUGCUACGAUGGGUAAACUACCAUCUGACCAAUGCAGGCUGGCGCACCAUCAACAACUUCAGCCAGGACAUUAAGGACUCAAAAGCCUAUUUCCACCUGCUUAAUCAGAUUGCUCCUAAAGGCGACCGAGGUGAUGGGCCUGCCAUAGCCAUUGAUCUUUCAGGAUUUAACGAGAAAAAUGACCUGAAGCGUGCUGGAUUCAUGCUCCAGGAAGCGGAUAAGCUUGGCUGCAGACAGUUUGUCACUCCUGCAGACGUGGUUUCAGGGAACCCUAAGCUAAACUUAGCCUUUGUAGCAAAUCUUUUUAACACAUACCCAUGCCUGCACAAGCCUGACAAUAAUGACAUUGAUCUCAACUUACUGGAAGGAGAGAGCAAGGAAGAGAGGACAUUUCGGAACUGGAUGAAUUCACUGGGGGUGAAUCCGUACAUCAAUCAUCUGUACAGUGACCUUGCAGACGCCUUGGUGAUCUUUCAGCUCUAUGAGAUGAUCCGAGUGCCAGUCAACUGGAGCCAGGUCAACAAGCCUCCCUACCCUGCCCUGGGAGGGAACAUGAAGAAGAUUGAAAACUGUAACUAUGCAGUUGAGCUGGGGAAAAAUGAGGCCAAAUUCUCUUUGGUCGGCAUCGCUGGGCAGGACUUAAACGAAGGGAACUCAACUCUUACCCUGGCACUGGUGUGGCAGUUGAUGAGAAGAUACACGCUGAAAGUGUUAUCAGACCUUGGAGAAGGUGAAAAAGUCAGUGAUGAUAUCAUUAUUAAAUGGGUCAACCAGACCCUUAAAAGUGCGAACAAGAGUACUUCUAUUUCCAGCUUCAAGGAUAAAUCUAUUAGUACAAGCUUGCCUGUCUUAGAUCUCAUAGAUGCCAUUGCACCAAAUGCAGUCCGUCAAGAAAUGAUCAAGAGAGAACACUUGACUGAUGAGGACAAACUGAACAAUGCUAAGUACGCCAUCUCAGUUGCUCGGAAGAUUGGUGCCCGGAUAUACGCGCUGCCUGAUGACCUCGUGGAAGUGAAGCCGAAGAUGGUGAUGACUGUGUUUGCCUGCUUAAUGGGAAAAGGCCUGAACAGACUGAAAUAAUGAAGCAUUUACUGCUAUCUGCCACAUUAUAUGCAUCGAACGUCUCAGUUUACAGAAUUUUGAAAUG